AUGUCUUCCAAUAAAAUUGGUCAGGAGGCAAAAAAGUUGGUCUCUCUUUUGGAGAAAUUUCCCAAAGAUAGAAUUCAACAUAAUGCAACCUUUAAAACAUCACAAAUAAUACGGUUUUGCAACAUUGGAGGAAUAGCUGUUCCCACAUCAGUCCUAAAGGAAGGAAGGAAAGAUGCUAACUCGACUAAAAGUACUACGAAGAUCGACGCAACGAAAAUAAAAGAAACACUUUCCUCAGAUAAAGACGAUGCUUAUCAAAAAGACUUAUUUACAAUAGAUAUUCUCAAUCAACAGUUUAAGUCUUUGAAGAACAUUGCCAAUUCGAAGUGGGAGAAGUAUUAUCAAAUAGACAAGAAAUUGUUGGAGCCAAAAGGAAAUCCAAAUUACUAUAACAGACUUUUAGGGGAUCUUGACAAAGGUGGAAAACAGAAGGAAGGUUUUUUGACGGCAUGGAGGACAAUUUUAACGGGCAAAUACUAA